AUGUGUGCUGUAAAUUGUGACCUUAUGAAACAUCCAAAGGAGCAACUCUUUUACCGAGGUCUUAUUUAUACAAUAACGCUCGUUGGACUCGGAGAUCAAACCAAAUGGGGGUACCCGCCACCAAAAAAGAUUGUUAUCUUCAAUAGCUUUAUGGUGAAGACCUUCGCUUUCCCUUGCAUCAUAACUCAGAUCGUCUACCUAUUUGUGUACCGCGCAGAUCUUGAUUUUGAUCUUAUUGGCAUCUUAUUUUGUAUUCUUCCCUUUUGUGUCCUUGCCAAUGUAAAUAUUUUAUCGUCUAAAUUUGUGAGUUAUAAGAAAUUGAUGAAAAACUUUAUGGGCCAAAUUCAUUUGUAUAACCAGUAUUAUAAACACAAGAAUGAUUCCGUGGCAGAAAAAAUAUUAGUGGCCGAACGUCACACUCGCUAUACGGCGUGUUACCUUAUAUCCUUAUAUUCUUUAAAUUGGGUGGCGUGGAUUUGGAUACCAGUGUUAAAUAACAUGAAAAACGUGGAACGCAUACAGAAUAGGACCAUGAAGCUCCAGACUUGCAUAUAUAUGUGGAUGCCAUUCGAUUACAUGUACAACUAUAGGAACUGGCUGGUCACGCACUUGGUCAACCUAUACGUCGUAUUCUGUGGCGUCACAGUGUUGAUGAUGUUUCAUACAGUGAAUUACAUGUUUAUGUACCAACUAAUUGGACAUAUUCAAGUAAUGAAGCAUAAAAUAAGAACAGAGUUUACAAAGGAUCUAAGCGACAGCGAGACGAGGGAGAAACUGAUUGAGAUAAUACAAUAUCACAAUUUUAUACUAAGGGUACUCCGAGAUCUCCAGUCAGCGUUUGGUUUUAAUAUAAUUACUAACUAUUUACACAAUUUGGUUGGCGACAGUCUCCUAAUGUGCCAAAUUAUGUACGGGGAAAAGGAGAAUAUGCUUAUGUACAUGUUAUGUAUCUUUGUCAUCAUGGGAGGACUUGUAAUUAUGUCUUUUGUUCUAGAAGACUUGCGACGUGAGGCUGAAGAUCUAUCAGACAUAGUAUAUGCUAUUCCCUGGGAGCACAUGUCAGUGUCAAACCAGAAAUACUUGAUACUUAUUCUACAGCGCAUGCAGCCUACACUCGCUUUUAGGGCCUUAGGUGGCUUUAUUGCUGGUGUUAGGCCAAUGAUUUCAAUAAUAAAGACGACGUUUUCUUAUUACGUCAUGUUAGAAUCUACGAUUGCAGAAAAAUAA